CAGUAUUCAAUUUUGCCAAAACGAGCAAUGGUUCCCAUGUUUAACCUUUCUAAACUCCCUUUCCUCUUAAGAUCCACAUGCUUUGCAUGUGUGUUUUUCAAAACAAUUUGCAUCACCAUAUUCCCAUCAUUGUUGAUCGAACGUUUCUUCGCUUCAUAUUACAUCGAUGAUUAUGAGACAAAAUCACGAUUAUGGGUGGCGAUAAUAGCAGUUUUGUCAGCAUGUAUUCUCUCCUUGUUGUGUUUCGUAUUCUCGUUCGUGUUCCUAUCAUUGCAUCGUCUUGUGCUUUCUGACUUUGAUGAUCAGAGAUUUCAAAAUCUCGCAAGAUUUGAGCUCCACCCUACCAACAUUUCUUCGAUAGUGCCACAUGCGGUGUGUCCUUGCAAUUGUUUCCUCGAGAGAUCUUUUCUUUUCUCUUAG